UGUAUAUCAUUUAAAUAUUUAUAUAUAAUAAUGCAAUAUAAAUGGUUUUAUGGUUGUUGUUUCUUUGGUCCAAGUGUGACAAAUUGUUCCCGAUUUCAAGAUGCGGAAGCUCUAACACAGGAAGUCCAUAUUUAGACAUGCUAAAAAUGUGAUCUGAUUAUCUGAAGUAUAAAGGUCGUACAUUUCAGACUUAAACGCACGUCCAUGCCUUCCAAACACAACCUCAAGGUAUUCCAGGUGUUGAACGUAACUGAAUCCAAACUGACAGCAGUCGACUUAACAUUUGUGUGUCAAAUAAAGUCAAAAGAAUAAUAACAUCAUGCAGCGAACACAAAUUGAUGAGGAAAGUCAUCCCUAGAACUCGGGUGCUUUGGCUCUUGAGAAUAAAAAUAAUAACAGCAUGGCCACGGUGGCUAACAAUGCACAGCGCCAGUGUUGGACGCUGAGGAGGGCGGAGUCCAAAAGAAGAGGACCUUGAAGAUGUUUCACUUCUGUUCGCCUGUUGUCUCAUUUGGAAACGUUCCGCUAAAAGUCUGAUUUCCAGCAAGGCACACUCAGAUGGCUUUCACACAUACUAGAUGAGGACUUCCUGUUCUGGGUGACAGUGCUGAAAUGAAGCUUCCUGUCACCAAACGUUAAGGUGAAGGCAGCUUAAUUCGGCGUGACAUCACUCUCACUUCACUUGAGGCGAGGUUUUUUGGCGUCCAGGAAGCUGCAUCAACAGAUAAGACUUAAAGAGUGACUUGUGUAGGGUGUUUGGCGGCACACAUGGAAGGUCUGUGUGGGCUCAGGACCCUGCUGCUGUGGGCUGCUGUCAUCUCUUUGUCCUACGGUCAAAACAUAUCAGACACAAAUGAUUCAAGCCGCAGCCCGGUCGAUCCUCCAGAGAAUGUUCCUCUGGCCACCAAUGACGUGAAUGCUACAAACACCUCCAAACCCAUCCAGUGCUCCUACACCGUUACACCGAUAAAGUAUGGUUUUAGGUUCAACAUCAGCAGCUCUGCCACUGGCAUGUACGACAUUGUUUUGAUUAAAGACGGCCUGCCAGUGACAAGAAACUCGAACGCCACAUUGGUCAACAUCACGCACCUGAAGCCCUGCACUGAAUAUGAGCACAGCGUUAAAUAUCACAGUGCCGACAACGAGAAAGAACAACAAGGAGCUCGUUGUAACUUCAUGAAUCCUAUACCUAAGGGGUUUACGAAGGACAUAAAUCAAAAUGAAGUCACCUACUACACCUCCAAUGGCUGUCUUUGGUUGACUUCUGAGUGGAACAUCAGCACUUCACUGUCACUUCCAAAAAAUUAUCAUGUGGAGGUUAGUGGCAAUGACAUGUGCAUCAAGCCAGCCUACAGUGACAUUUGCUCUGAAUUCAAAACACACUUGACCUUCGCAAGAAAUUGUACUUCCAUCCCCUUGAUGACCCUCUUCAGUGCGGAUAUUUUUCUAACUCCAGAGAAUAUAAAACAGACUUUUACCUUUACACUUCCUUCAAAUAUCACAGCCCAUUUACCCCCCAAAUGCACCAGUCUCUCCAUCGCUUACUCCUGUGAGGACAUGGACGUCGGCAACGUCACCGUAAAUGUGGCUCAUCUUGAACCUUUCACAAACUACACCUGUACCGGUCACAUCAUGAAGUACAAUGUCACCCAAGCAAAGCUACCACCUUUCCUGGUCAGGAUUGACUGCGAUCUUCAGAUACUAAUUAGAAAGCGCGACGUGACUCAGAACUCCAUUGUACUGGGAUGGACGACGGAAAGUAAAAAUUGUAGCAGUGUCGUUUCGGAAUUAAAGGAGCUCGCAUAUGAAUGCAGCUGUGUGCCCCGAGGAGAAAAAAAUAACAACCCUGGAAAAAGUAUGCCGAGCCAACGCUCAAACCCUAUUGGCUGCACUGUUACCGGCCUGAAUCCGUACACUAUAUAUACGUGUACUGUCCAACCCACUUACAGAAGUCAGCAUGUUGGCCAAGCGAAAACUACAUAUCCAUUGCGUACUGCCAUUGGAGUGCCAGAUGACGUCACUGACCUGGAAGUAACUGUUGAAAACAACAAUGCGAUUAAAGUGAUCUGUAAACAUUCAAAUCAGUUCAACGGGCCGUUCAGUAGGUUCAAUGCAAUACUCCGUCGGGGUAGUGGUAACAUUGAGGAAAGCAAACAGACAAAAGAAAAUUGUGAGUUCCUAUUCACCGAUAUGAGCUACUCUACGACCUACCACGUGGAGGUGUUUGCCUCCAACGUGGAUUUCAACAGUUCUAUCUCCCAAGACACUGUUACUACUCAUUACAAUGACAAAGCCCUCACUGGGUUUCUUAUCUUCCUCAUCAUAUUCACAUCCGUAGCACUGCUCGUGGUUCUCUACAAGAUCUACGUAGUGAAACGCCAAAGGUCCCAAGACAUGAGUGAAAACCUGCUUCUUAUUCCCAAUGCAAAAAGCCUUUCUGUGGAACCAAUUGAAGCCGACACAUUGUUGGAAGCAUACAAAAGGAAGCUGGCUGAUGAGGGACGCCUUUUUCUGGAUGAGUUUCAGAGCAUCCCCAGAAUUUUUACACGCCACUCCAUGAAAGAGGCCAAAAAACCCUGCAAUACCCCCAAGAACCGCUACGUGGACAUCCUACCGUAUGAUUACAACCGAGUCCAGCUGAGUACAGGAAAUGGAGAAGCCGGCUGUGACUACAUCAACGCCAGCUUCAUUGAUGGCUACAAUGAAUCCAAGAAAUACAUUGCAGCUCAAGGACCGAAGGAGGAAACUGUGUGUGACUUCUGGAGAAUGAUCUGGGAGCAGCAAUCUUCAAUCAUUGUCAUGGUAACACGCUGCGAAGAGGGAAACAAGGUCAAGUGUGUACAAUACUGGCCUUCUGCUGACCGAGAGACAGAAAUAUAUGAGGAGUUUGUUGUCCAGCUCACUUCAGAGGAUCACUUCCCUGAUUAUACUAUCCGCAAUCUCAGCCUGACUAAUAGGAGAGAGAAGAGCACAGAGAGAGAGGUGACCCACAUCCAGUUCAUCAGUUGGCCCGAUCACGGCGUUCCCGGGGAGCCCCACCUCCUCUUGAAGCUCAGACGGCGAGUUAACGCCUUUAAAAACAUCUUCAGUGGACCCAUUGUUGUCCACUGCAGUGCUGGAGUGGGCAGGACGGGCACCUAUAUCGGCAUUGAUGCCAUGAUGGAGUGUCUGGAGGCAGAAAGCAGGGUGGACAUCUACGGAUAUGUUUUCAAACUCCGCAAACAGAGAUGCCUCAUGGUUCAAGUGGAGGCCCAGUACAUCCUAAUUCACCAGGCCCUACUGGAGCACAACCAGUUUGGAGAAACAGAGAUCUCACUGUCAGAGCUGCACAGUGCGCUGAGCAUGCUAAAAGAUACCAGCACUGGCAAUGAACCCACUUUACUGGAGGAAGAGUUUGAGAGACUUCCCACCUACAAGAACUGGAAGACAUUCAACACAGGGAUCACAGAGGAAAACAAAGCGAAGAACCGCUGCUCGUCUAUCGUUCCCUAUGACUACAACAGAGUGUUGCUGAGGUUGGGUGAAGGGUCCAGUGGUGACAGCAUCCCUGAUGAGGACCAGGAGGAAGAGUCAUCUGAUGAAGAGGAGGACUCCACUAAAUACAUCAAUGCUUCAAACAUCCAUGGCUACUCGGGGCCAUGCACCUUCAUUGCAGCACAGACUCCUCUAGAAAGCACAGUGGCUGACUUCUGGUUGAUGGUUUACCAGAAGAAAGCAUCCACCAUCAUCAUGCUGGAGGCACACGAAGAAGAAAAGGAAUCUGUGUAUUGGGGACGCAGGGGGACAAACACUUACGGGGAUAUUGAGGUGGAAGUGGAAUCAGAAGAUGAUGCUGUAAAUGUUAUCCAUCGAAUCAUGCUGAUUCGUCAUGUCAAGAGGAAAGAGAAUCGCAGGGUGAGACACGUUCAGUUCCUGAAGUGGGGUAACAGAGAGCUGCCAGAGAAACCUCAAGAUCUGACUGACAUGAUUAAGGAUGUCAAGCGUAGACCUGACAGCAGCAAGCCUCAAGGAGGCGCUCCAGUUGUUGUCCACUGCAGUGAUGGCUCGUCCCGUUGUGGUGUUUUCUGUGCGCUGUGGAGCCUUCUGGACAGCGCUGAGACUGAAAUGAUGGUGGAUGUUUUCCAGGUGACCAGAAGCCUGCGCAAGGAGCGACAGGGCAUGAUAGCAAGUCUGGACCAGUACAAGUUCUUGUAUGACGCACUGGACGGAGUCUAUCCUGUCCAGAAUGGGGAGGUGAAAGCAGUCCAGGCCCCUGAAGUGGACUCUGUCCUGUUGGUCAAUGAGACCCAACCAGCAGUGCAACAACCUGGAGAAAAGGCUGAAGAUACAACCGGCCCUACCGAGAUGGGCCAGCAGGGGGCAGCAGAUAGCAGUACUCCUGUGGCUGAGACAAGGAAGGAGGAUGAAAAGGAGGCAGAACAAGUAUCCAGCAUCCCCACAGAGACAACACCGCUUGAGGACAAUGUCUCUUUAGAGGCCUGAGGAGUCGCAGGUGCCUUUUUAUUUGCAGCAAUAAGCGCUUUAAUUGGAUUUUUCCUUUUGGGCAGGAAUCAUGUUUUAAACUAUAAGAUCUGCAAAGCUUCACUUUAUUGGGCAUCUACAGUAUACAAGUUAGAUCCAAGAUGGCCGGCCCCUCUUUACAAAUGCUUCCUAGUGGAGUUUUUUAAAAUGCUUCUAUCGAAUUUAGGCAAGACAAAUAUGACAAAUAUGCUGCAAACUGUCUUGGCUGAAGUAAUGGAGAAAAUAAUUCAUAUGAGAUACAUCAGUUAGAGAAUACUGCAUUACUUCAUUGGUCAUGAAGUAAUAAUUAGUAAUAAAAGUAAUAAUUAAAUUAUCCAUAAGUGCCUCUUCUAUAAUGCCUAUGAACGUCACAAUGUUUAGCAUGUAGAGUAUUUGGACUUUUCUACUCUAUAACUCGCUGAAGCUCGCAGAUGGGUUGGGGAGCUAAUGAUGAAAAAGGGGCUCAAAUAGCUACAUUUAAUUGUUUCAGUUAGGGGUGUCCAAAGUGCAAUUUGCGGCUCGUUUUGUUACUGGCUCGUUGUAGGAAAUAAAAUUAAACAAAAAAAUAUAGGAACAGGACAGGGAAAAUGCACAAUGUAAAAAGAAAAAGCUCAAAUGUUGAUUUUAAUAACAUAAUAAGCUUCAUAUUUUAAAUAAAACUAUAUAUAUAUACACAAUAUUUAAAAUGCAUCUAAAAAUAUAAAAGUGGCCCCUUGUGGCCUUUUUUGUAGAACACAGCCCUCAGUGGAACAAUGAAAGAUGAAACAAUAGAAGAUUUAAUAUCCAUCACAAGUACAGAUGCCAUGUAUAAAAAUGAUCAUAUAAAAACAGUCUCUUAAUUAAACAAUACGAAAUACAAAAAAAAAUCUGGCAUUGACUGACACCUGCCUCUAUGUGUUUGUAUUUGAUGACAUGUAUUUAAAAGCUGUGUGUACAAACGUCUUGCAGGAAAUACAGUGCAUUUCAGUCUAAUGUGUGCUGUCGUGGACAUUUUAAGCUACAUAGAAGGAUACUGUUACAUGCAUGUGGUACAAAAAUAUUGCAUUUGCAUUUUACUCAAGCUAUGUGCGCUGUGUAAGGUCACAGGUCAGUGCUGAGCCACAGUUUUUGCCAUUUUUCUGAUGUAAAUAGCUGAGAGUCAGUAUUAACAUGGUAGUCUACACAUACUGUCAUCCUCAAGAUGAAGAAGAAUGACCAAAGUGUUCUAAGUGUAAUAAGCAUUGCCAAAAUGAGCGUGCACCAACUCAAGGCACCACCAAAUCAUCUAACGCUACCAUGACUGAAGCACCCUAUCCUUCUCAUAUUCCGUUUGAUUUGACACGUGUCCCGACUGUGCCCCACCUUCGGGGACCUUGAACCAGCCCGUUUCUAAUAAACUGGAUAUUUUAAACUCAAGCCAACUCAGUUCAUGAGGCUCAAAUGAAACAAACUUCAACUUGAAUUCAUGUCACGUCCCUCAUUUUUUGUCUCUUCUGUCUGACCCGGUGGCUGCGUCGCUGUUUGAUGGGGCCUGCCGGGCCGUAGCAGGUCGAACUUUGGCGGGGUCCGCUGCAGCCUUGGUGUUGUCUGUUUGGGCCUUGGCAGUCUCUGGGCGGGUUUUGGAUUUUGACGGUACAGGGGUUGCAGGUUCCCAGAGGAAGAACUCAUGCAGGAGCGUGUUGACAGCCUCUGGACAUUCCAUCAUGACCAUGUGACUGCCGUCCUCCAGGACCUUUAGGAAGGCGAUGAGGAGGAUCUGACAAAAGCGAACAGGAAGAAAAUAAUGUGAUGUCUUAAAGCAAUCUGGUAUUCAAAAUACGUACAUCUCUUUUAGAAAACAUCUGUUACUUAUGAGCCUGGCCUACAAAAAUUAAUAUCAGGAUUAACAAAUGUGUUUUCUGUGUACAGUCGUCCCUCGUUCGAACAUUGCGCCCUCACUGUAUUGCGUUUUUUCAAAAAUUUAUUAAUUAAUCAUCGCUGUAUCGUGGUUGAAUAUGGCCUUCUUUAGUAAAAAGUGUGCAUAUUUAAGCAAAUUGUACAUAUUCUUGGCCUAAAUUAAGCACUUUCAAGCAUAAAAAUGGCUAAAUGAAUAAAAAUACAGAUAUGAGGCAUUCAGGCUGCACGGUGGUCUAGUGGUUAGUACGAUGGCCAAUACAGGAACAGCCUGGAGAUUGGGAAGACCUCGGUUCGAUUCUCCUCUGGGCAUUUCUGUGUGGAGUUUGCAUGUUCUCCCCAUGUGCGCGUGGGUUUUCUCCGGGCCCUCCGGCUUCCUCCCACAUUCCAAAAACGUGCAGGUGAGGUUAAUUGCCGACUCUAAAUUGUCCAUAGGUAUGAAUGUGAGUGUGAAUGGUUGUUUGUCUAUAUGUGCCCUGCGAUUGACAUUGUCGGGCGACCCGCCUGUCGCCCGAACUCAGCUGGGAUAGGCUCCAGCAUGCCCCCGCGACCCUAAUGAGGAUGAAGCAGUAUAGAAAAUGGAUGGAUGGAUAUAAGGCAUUCAAUAUGUAGUGUAAUAUCUCUGACUUGUGUCAGAGAUAUUGCCUUUAAGAGGCGGGGCCUUGGAAGUGGCGUGUUAAGCUGAGUGUUAGCAUGGUUAGCAGCAAAGACGCUGGUUGUGGCCGACAGCAGCUCCUGCUUGAACGUUGCAUGUGUGUACUCUGCUUGU